AUGGGCCACGAUGGUAAAAACCUGAUCCAGAAAAGACAAGCCAAGGGCUCAAUGCUGAGCGUUGCAUCUGCAGCCAGGCCGCCACAGCAGUUCAAACCAGCAGGUCAAACCGGCAGUGUUUGGGCCGACUCGCAAAAGAGGGCUGCACUGCAGAACAGUUUUCAGAGCGGGCCUUCUCAAGGUUCCUCGAGAAACACACCCACCAGUACUCCACGAGCUCCGAAAGUACCUCAGAUAGUGGUGCCAGGCCCUUCGGUUCCUACCUCAGAAAUGGCGAAUGUAACCUUGGGGUCAACAGUGUCGUACAAUCCAUCUGAGGCGCCUAUGCCAAGCAUAGCACCUGGGAAUGACGUCCAGAGUCGUGCACCAACUCAGGUAUCCCAAGGGACGCAGGCCACAUACCGUGGUGCGGUGCGUAACCCGAACUGCGCGCUCAGUGGUAAAACCAAAGCACACUUCAGGAAAGGCGAUAUCAUCAGCACGCCUUACCACCAACCAAAUCUGGUACCAAACACUGAUCCCAACGAUGUCAGACUGACCCACACAUGCGAAGGUCCAGUAUAUUCGAAGCGUAGGAUGCUGGUGGUCCUGAUGGUGUUUGAGCAAAGCAUGUACUGUCUCCCGCUGUACACCUUUAGUGGUCGUGGCCUCGGAUCAAGACCACCCUGGAUCAGGAAGGAGUACGUUGCGAUGAGGAACGCUGAGCAUGACCUACUUUUCCCUCAUGAGCCAUUCGUCAACUCAGGACUACAUCCGCACGUGGACGUGGUCUGCAAGUGCCCUGUGAAGAGGGAAACGAGUGUCCAACUCAGUGGUGGAAUCAAGGCCGAUUGCUGCGGAGACGUGUUCAAAAUUGGGCGAAUGACCGAAGACGGGUAUGGCCUGUUGUUGGAGUUGUGGCAGACGAUGAGCGAAGAGGCAGAGAGUCAGCCGUGGUAG